AGUGUUGUUUAGGGUUAUAAGCAACCGGGUCGAAUAUCUCCGGAACCUUCUGAUCCAUAAUUCGGUGUUCUCUUUUAUUUUCUAACUCGUAUUUUUUUUUUCAUUCGCUUUCAUCUUCUUCUUCUUCUCCUUGUUGAUUCAUAUAAAUUCACAUAAACUACAAUAUCGAUACAUAGAUAGAAGAACACAUUCAUAUAAAAAACACCAAGAACAAAAACAAUAACAAAAAAAUAUCGUUAUUAUUAAUUAAAAUUAAUAUACCUUUGUGUGUUAUUAUUAUCUGUUUCGCCGCCGAUGGAUGAUAAUCAAGUGAAUCAAAACCUAGUUGAACCGCCACGUGAGGAAGAGGAGGAAGAAGAAGAAGAUUCUUCUAAGAUGGAAGAAAAAGAGCUGAUUGCCAAGGUUAAUAAACUCAUGGACAAAAUCACUUCUUCUCCUGAUAACCCUAAACCCACCGUUCUUCAUGCCCUUGCUUCAAUUCUUGAAACUCAAGAGUCUCGAUACAUGGAUGAAAAUGGUCAUUCUUCUUCUACUAAUGCCCGUGCUGCCCAUAACAUUGGCCGCCUAGGGAGUAUAAUUCGGGAAAAUGAUGAUUUCUUUGAGUUAAUAUCUUUGAAGUUUCUGUCAGAAAACAGAUACUCCACUUCUGUUAAAGCUGCCGCCUCAAGACUUCUAUUGUGUUGUUCUCUAACUUGGAUUUAUCCUCAUGUUUUUGAAGAACCGGUCCUUGAGAACAUAAAAAAUUGGGUGACGGAUGAUAAUACUAGAUUGUCUGGUGAGGAGCAAAAUCUCAAGCGUGAUCUGGGGAGAAAGGAGGUCUCAGAUUCUGAAUUGUUGAAAACCUAUUCUACUGGACUCCUUGCUGUGUGUUUGGUUGGCGGAGGUCAAAUAGUGGAAGAUGUAUUAACAUCUGGUUUGUCAGCUAAGCUCAUGCGAUAUCUUCGUUCGCGUGUACUGGGUGAGACAAGUGGCAGCCAAAAAGAUAUAGGUCAUUUAUCAGAGAACAAACAUUCAUCUGGGAGUACUUCAGUGAGAGGUAGAGAUGAUGGCCGUGGAAGGUUUCGACAGCUCCUGGAAUCGAGUCAUUUGGACGAUACAAGGAUGGUUGAAGAGAGAUCUUUAGAUGACCAAGCUCUUGAAAGGGGUCAGGAUAGAAGCGUUAGUGGACAAGCUUGCAUAGACGGUGAACCAGCUGAUGGACUCAGUGAAGGUGCUGAUGUCUGUGAGGUUGAUUCUGAUGGGGAGGAGAGAUGGCACUGUAGAGAUAUUCGUGAUGGAAGGAUAAAAUAUGGUGAGCAUGAAGACAAUGCUAGAGACGACCCUUCAAGGCGGCGUGCUAACCGUGGAUGGGGAAGAUCUAGAGCGAAAGGAAGGGUCAAUGAAGGGGUGGUAGAAAGUGAACCUGUUUUGCAAUCUGCUGGUUCCGGCAGCCGACUAGGACAGGGGCGGAAUGGUAGAGAUAGGAGCUCGUCAAGGAAUGCUGAUGUUAAGCGGGGGCCUGAUUCUAAGAAGACCCUUAUUAGUACCAUUUCCGAGGCUUUGGCUUCUGAAAGAGAGGAUACUGAUGAUUGUUUCCAAGAAUGCCGUAUUGGAAGUAAAGAUAUCUCUGAUCUUGUUCGGAAAGCAGUCCUAGCUGCUGAAGCUGAAGCUAGAUCAGCCAAUGCACCAGAAGAAGCUGUCAAAGCAGCUGGCGAUGCUGCUGCUGACCUUGUUAAAACUGCAGCUUCAGAGGAAUAUAAAUCCACCAAUGAUGAAGAAGCAGCUGUUUUAGCUGCUUCGAGAGCUGCAACAACCGUUAUUGAUGCUGCAUCUGCUGUUGAAGUUUCAAGGAGCUCCUCCGUCUGCAUCAAUACUGAGACAGAGAAGGUUAGUCACAGAGAAACAGAAUCUAGUGACGACGUUCAAGAUUGUUUCAUCCCAGAUGGUCAAUCACUUGCACAAUUGAGGGAAAGAUAUUGCAUCCAGUGUCUUGCGUUACUUGGAGAAUAUGUGGAAGUUCUUGGACCUGUAUUGCAUGAGAAGGGGGUUGACGUGUGUCUCGGACUUCUGCAGCAAAAUUCUAAACAUCAGGAGCCAUCCAAGGUUGCUUUCCUGUUGCCUGAUAUCAUGAAGCUGAUAUGUGCUUUGGCUGCCCAUAGGAAAUUUGCUGCACUCUUCGUGGACCGCGGGGGAAUGCAAAAGCUGCUUGCUGUGCCUAGAAUGGCUCAGACAUUCUUUGGCCUCUCUUCUUGUCUAUUUACCAUUGGUUCCCUUCAGGGGAUAAUGGAACGGGUUUGUGCACUUCCAUCCGAUGUCAUUUAUCAUGUGGUCGAGUUGGCUCUCCAACUCCUUGAGUGCAACCAAGACCAAGCCCGGAAAAAUGCAGCAUUGUUUUUUGCUGCUGCGUUUGUCUUCAGAGCAGUUCUCGAUGCUUUUGAUUCUCAGGAUGGGUUACAGAAAUUACUCGGACUUCUAAACGACGCCGCUUCUAUAAGAUCUGGAGUAACCUCUGGAGCAUUGGGUUCAUCCAACUCAGGAUCACUUCGAAAUGAUAGAACAUCAUCUGCAGAAGUGCUGACAUCGUCUGAGAAGCAGGUAGCCUAUCACACUUGUGUUGCUUUGCGGCAAUAUUUCCGGGCACACCUCCUUUUAUUAAUAGAUUCCAUUCGUCCAAACAAAAGCAAAUUCAGUGCUCCUAGAAAUAUUUCUAGUAUAAGGGCUGCUUACAAGCCACUAGAUAUUAGCAAUGAGGCAAUGGAUGCUGUAUUCCUACAAUUACAAAAAGAUCGGAAGCUAUGUCUCGUGUUCGUGACAACAAAGUGGCAGGAAGUUGAGAAAUUCUUGGCAUCUAAUGGGCAUAUCACUAUGUUGGAACUGUGUCAGGCCCCACCUGUGGAGCGAUAUCUACAUGAUUUGCUUCAGUAUGCAUUAGGGGUUUUGCAAAUUGUUACAUUAGUACCUAGCAGUCGAAAGAUGAUUAUAAAUGCAACAUUAAGCACCAAUCGUGCUGGUAUUGCUGUAAUUCUGGAUGCAGCAAAUAUUGCCAGUAAUCACGUGGACCCAGAGAUAAUUCAACCAGCAUUAAAUGUUUUAGUUAAUCUUGUUUGUCCACCUCCUUCUCUCAAUAAAUCCCAAACCUCAAAUGGUGUUCUCUCAGAGGCUAGAGAUAGAAAUGCUGAACGUAAUAAUACCAUAGAUCAAUCUGCUCAAGUUUCCAGCCAUAUUGAUCCUAGGGAGAGGAAUGGAGAGUCAAGUGCUGUAGACCGAGGCAGUGCUGCAGCACUUACUAUGAAAUCUGUUACUAGUACUCCACAAGCUUCUGCUCCCUCUGCUACAUCAGGUUUGGUUGGUGACCGAAGAAUAUCUCUGAGAUCAGGAACACCUCAGAGAUCAGGAGUACCUCAGAGAUCAGGGGAAAGUUGUACCGGCCUUGCUACACAGAUGGAAACAGGAUAUCAUCAGGCAAGAGAGGCUGUCCGUAAUAAUAAUGGUAUAAAGGUUCUUCUGCAUCUCCUCCAACCGCGUAUAUAUUCUCCUCCUGCUGCUCUGGACUGUCUUCGUGCACUUGCAUGUCGAGUGCUUCUUGGAUUAGCCAGAGAUAAUACUAUUGCACAUAUAUUGACAAAACUUCAGGUUGGGAAAAGGCUGUCAGAACUAAUUCGGGAUUCAGGCAGCCCGUCACUUGGAACAGAGCAGGGUAGGUGGCAAGCUGAAUUAUCCCAGGCUGCAAUUGAGCUAAUUGGGAUUGUGGCUAAUUUAGGGCGUGCAAGUACAUUAGUUGCUAGUGAUGCAACUACUACUGCAAUUGGGCGCAUAGAAAGGGCUGCUAUAGCUGCUGCCACUCCUAUUACUUACCCUGGAAGUGAACUUUUGCUAUUAAUUCAUGAACACUUACUGGCAACUGGAUUGGGACAAACUGCUGCUUCAUUGCUUAAGGAAGCUCAAUUAACUCCUUUGCCACCAUUGCUUGCCCCAUCUUCUCUUGCACAACAGCCCACCACACAGGAAUCUUCUUCAACACAAAUUCAGUGGCCCUCUGGUCGUACUCCUGGUGGAUUUCUCUCUAGCAAGUUAAAGUUAAAGCCCAAUGCAAAGAACGAGGAUGCCUGCUUGAAAAGUGAUGUUGUUUUCUCUGCAAAGAAAAAGUCACUAACUUUCUCAUCAUCUUUCGGUUCCCAUUCAAAACACCAAGUCAGUGACUCUCGACAGUCAUCAUCAGUCAGAAAAUGGUUCCGUACUGGGAAAGAGGCCUCAGAAACUAAUAUAGUAGAGAAUCCAUCUGAAUCUUCUGUGAAACAUGACACUGAUGCUGGAUCUCAGUACAAGACUCCAAACACCUUGCCAUCCAAACGGAAGUUAUCGGAUUUAAAGGAUAUACCAAUGUUUUCUUCAUCUGGAAAGCGACUAAAUGUUGGGGAUCAGGGACUUCGCACUCCGAUUUGCUCAAGUGCAGUUCGUAAAAGCAGCCUGCAGUCUGAUGGUGUGGGGCUAUCCACACCAACUUGUAAUCUGAGGAAUCAACAAGGCCGCUGUACAGCUGACAAUGUUGAUGAGAAUCAGUACUCAAAUCUAGGUCAGAUGACACCAUCCUCCCAAGUAUUGAAUGACCUUCAGCCCAACAACCCUGAGCGAGUGACACUGGAUUCUCUAGUAGUUCAGUAUCUGAAACAUCAGCAUCGCCAAUGCCCCGCCCCCAUUACCACCCUUCCUCCAAUAUCUCUUAUGCACCCACAUGUUUGUCCUGAACCUAAGCGAAGCCUGAAUGCCCCUUCUAAUGUGACCGCUCGGCUUGGUACCCGUGAAUUUAAGUUUACAUAUGGUGGAGUACAUGGUAAUCGCAAGGAUCGUCAAUUUGUUUUUAGCCGGUUUAGGCCAUGGCGCACUUAUCGGGAUGAUGCAGGUGCAUUAUUAACGUGCAUUACAUUUGUUGGAGACUCUUCUCAUAUUGCCGUUGGUAGCCAUACUGGAGAACUCAAAUUUUUUGAUUCCAACAACAAUAAUGUGGUGGAGAGCUUCACGGGCCACCAGUCUCCUUUGACCCUCGUUCAGUCUUAUGUUUCUGGUGAGACCCAGUUGUUGCUUUCUUCAUGCUCUCAAGAUGUUAAGCUGUGGGAUGCGACAUCAAUCUUAGGUGGUCCCACCCAUUCAUUUGAAGGGUGCAAGGCUGCCAGGUUUAGUAAUUCCGGGAAUGUUUUUGCUGCCUUGUCAUCAGAAUCUGCAGGGCGUGAAAUCCUUUUAUAUAAUAUCCAAACUUGCCAGCUAGAAACAAAAUUGUCCGAUACAUUUGCUCCUUCUACAGGGCGGGGUCAUCUUUAUUCUUUAAUUCACUUCAGCCCUGCUGAUUCAAUGCUGCUAUGGAAUGGUGUCUUAUGGGACCGACGAGAUUCUAGGCCUGUUCAUCGAUUUGAUCAGUUCACUGAUUAUGGCGGUGGUGGCUUUCAUCCUGCUGGCAAUGAGGUUAUUAUAAACUCUGAAGUCUGGGAUCUGCGAAAGUUCAGACUUCUACGCCAAGUAGCUUCUUUAGAUCAAACAGCAAUAACAUUUAAUGCUCGAGGUGAUGUUAUGUAUGCAAUCUUAAGGAGAAAUCUUGAGGAUGUAAUGUCAGCAGUGAACACACGUCGUGUUAAGCACCCACUUUUUGCAGCUUUUCGCACAGUGGAUGCAAUCAAUUAUUCUGACAUCGCUACUACUCCUGUGGAUCGCUGUGUACUUGAUUUUGCAACUGAGCCAACAGAUUCAUUCGUUGGUUUGAUUACCAUGGACGAUCAAGGUGAGAUGUAUUCAUCAGCCAGAUCCUAUGAAAUUGGUCGCCGGAGGCCAACUGAUGAUGAUUCUGAUCCCGAUGAUGCUGAGAGCGAGGAGGAAGACGAGGAUGAUGACGAUGACGAUGAAGAUCCUCUUUUAGGCCCUGGUUUUGGUGGGGAAAGCGACAGUGAUCCUGAUGACUUGAGCAAUGACGACGACGAGGAUAGUGUAAGUGAGCCUGACGACGAUGAUGAUGAAGAUGGAGAUUUCAUGUUGGACGACCUAGACUUUGAUGGUGGAACUGGUUUAUUGGACAUUGUGACUGAAGGUGAGGAGGAUGAUGAUGAUGAUAGUCAAACACUUGGAUCAGUGAGUAGUGAUGAUGAUUAUGACUAUGGUUAUUAAUUGUUAGUGUAAAAGGCUGUAAUUAUAAUCUCUUUCUUCAUUGUAUUCAUUUUUGGGCUAAAGGUGUUUUUGUCUCCAAAUUUUUGCUGUAGUCUUUCACAUUUAUCCAUCUCUUCCAACUUAUCAUUGUGGUAUAAAGUCGAGAAGCAUAAUUGUAUACAUGUUUUUAGCAAACCUCAUUUUACUCGAGGGAUAGGAUCGGGCUGAUGUUUCUUUUUGCCUAUAGGCAUCUUUGAAGUAGAGAUAUCAAUGGUCGUAGUAAUAAUGUGACAAUGGAAAAGAAGGGAACAGAAGUUUAUGUAGCA